UAUUAUUAUCAUCAUUUGGCUCUUGCAGGGAAGGAGGGGAGGCGCUGGGCGGGCCAGCGUGCAUCCAGAGGGAUUCCUCUUUUUCUCUGCCGGGCAAUGGAAGGGGCGGCGACUGGGAACGAGCCCCUCGUGAGCUGCCCCGUUUGCGCCCGGGAGCUCCCAGCCCCGGGCAUCAACGCACACCUGGACAGAUGUUUGCAGGGGAAAGGGGGCGACGGCAGCUCCCCGGCGGGCCUGCAGCAGCCGUGCAAGAAGAAAAUGCGCCUCUCCACGUCCCCGGAGGGCGGCGGCAACCGGGGAGAGGAGCCGGGCGGCAGCCUCAGCCCCCCGCCCAUGUUCCCCCUGUUCCAGAAGGGGAGCGGCUCCGGGGCCAGGGCGUCUCCAGCCCGGGACCGGGGGGAAGAGAAGCCGCGGGGCGAGGAGGAUCCUGGCCCUCCCGCGCUGGGCGGCGAAAGUCUGGCCCAAAAGUUGGAAGGGACCCCCCUGGCGGACAAGCUGCGGCCGGACACGUUGGGGGACUACGUGGGGCAGGAUCAGGUGGUGGGGGAGCAGACCCUCUUGCGGCCCCUGCUGGAAGCCCACGAGAUCCCCUCCCUCAUUCUCUGGGGGCCGCCUGGCUGCGGCAAGACUACCCUGGCGCAUAUCGUAGCAAAAGGCAGCAAGAAGAAAGGCACGAGGUUUGUGACACUAUCGGCCACAAGUGCCAAAACCAACGAGGUCCGUGAAGUCAUCUCCCAAGCCCAAAAUGAAAAGAGACUCUUCAAGAGGAAAACCAUCCUCUUCAUUGAUGAAAUACACCGUUUCAAUAAGUCUCAGCAGGACACUUUCCUUCCUCACGUCGAGUGUGGGACCGUGACCUUGAUUGGAGCAACCACCGAAAAUCCUUCUUUCCAGGUCAAUGCUGCCCUUCUGAGCCGGUGCCGCGUUCUCGUUCUCGAGAAGCUCUCGGUGGAGGCGAUGGAGGCGAUUCUGACGAGAGCUCUCCAGUCCUUGGGGAUCCGGAUUCUAAACCCAGAGGAGCAACACGCUGGCUCAGUGAAUGGCAGCAACAGCAAGACCUCUGAAUCAGGAAUGUGCAUUGAGAAGAGAGCUGUAAGCACACUUGCCUACCUCUGCGAUGGUGAUGCAAGAACUGGAUUGAAUGGACUCCAGAUGGCUGUCCAGGCCCAGCUAACUCAACUGCCCCAUCAGAGCAGCAUGCUCAGUUCUUCUGCGAAUAGAAUAGUCAUCACAGAAGAUCACGUGAAGGAAGGACUCCAGCGGUCCCACAUUCUCUAUGACCGAGCAG